CGAAUGGACUAGCAUUGAGCUAAGGGUAGCGCGACUGAUAAGCCCAUUCACAUGAGCAGAGAGUCGCGAGAGCCGCUCGCUCAGGACGAGAACGCGGAACCCGGAAGACGAAGUGACAGCGGCGGUGUUUUCGUCCUGACCGGCUCAGUGAUGUCCAUUGAGUAACGGUGUCAAUACAUAAGAAGCUCUCUCUAACAGCGCCCACGUGCUUCAUUCAAAACAACAAGACUCGCGCUGACAUGACGUCGUUAAUGAAUCCGACAGCCUUAGUUAACUGGUCAUAGAACAACAUGGCAACAAUGAGCAGGUGUGUGCUGCGGAGAGUGUUGAGUGGACUCCGAGCUCACACCGUGUGGUACCAGAGCUCAGCCUCGACCUCCCGUCAAGGACGGCCGCUGUGGAGACCUCAACUCAGACACCUGAGCUGCUCGUACCGACUCUGCAAGUCUGAGUCUCCAACCACAGGUCCCAGCAGUCUGUCGUUCAGGAGUCACACCUGUGGAGAGCUGAGAUCGGAUCAUGUGGGAGAGAAAGUCUCUCUGUGCGGCUGGGUCCAAUACCUCAGGCAGGACCUGUUUGUCAUCCUGCGAGAUUUCAGCGGCUUGGCCCAAAUUCUAAUCCCUCAGGAAGAGUCUGCGAGUCAUUUAAAAGCAGCGCUGUGCGAUCUCACAGCCGAGUCUGUCGUCAAGGUUACAGGAACAGUCAGACGACGACCCACGGGGCAGGAGAACAAGGGGAUGCCGACAGGAGAAAUAGAAAUCCUGGCUGAGAGCGUGGAAGUUUUUAAUCUGUGCCGGAAGUUGCCUUUUGAGAUUAAAGACUUUGUCAAAAAAUCUGAGUCUUUACGGAUGCAGUAUCGCUACCUGGACCUGAGGUCUUCUCAGAUGCAGAAGAACCUCAGACUGAGGUCUCAGCUGGUGAUGAAGAUGAGAGAAUACCUCUGUAAUGAGCACGGUUUUGUCGACGUGGAAACUCCUACCUUGUUUAAAAGAACACCAGGGGGAGCCAAAGAGUUUGUGGUUCCGUCCAGAGAGCCGGGUCGGUUUUACUCUUUGCCCCAGAGUCCACAGCAGUUUAAACAGCUCCUCAUGGUGGCUGGAAUAGACAGGUACUUCCAGAUGGCUCGGUGCUACCGGGAUGAAGGCUCCAAACCGGACCGGCAGCCGGAGUUUACCCAGGUAGACAUAGAAAUGUCUUUUGUGGACCAGGCAGGCAUCAUGUCCCUGGUGGAGGGUCUGUUGCAGUACUCCUGGCCUGCAGAAAAAGGUCCCAUUAAGGUCCCUUUCCAAACCAUGACUUAUGAAGAGGCCAUGAGGGACUACGGUGUGGACAAACCCGACACCAGAUUCAGUAUGAAGCUGAUCGACCUCGGUCAGGUUUUCUUAUCCACGGAAAUUGAAUUUCUCAGAUCAGCUCUCGGCCAGCCGGGAGGCUCCGUCCAGGCCGUCUGUGUCCCCAGUGGAGCGGAACUGUUUACUGGGAAAGACUUGAAAGAACUGAAACAAACAGCCAAGACUCAGUUUGGCCAGGAACUCAGCGUGGUGCUUGUCAAAGCAGAUGGGUCAUUGAAGUCUCCGCUGAAGAAGCUGCUGUCUGUUUCAGCCACAGACGAGCUGCUGCAGAGGACCGGAGCAAAACCAGGAGACCUGCUGCUGAUGGCUUCCGGGCCCCUCAACACUGUGCGCCCAUUGCUGGGUAAUCUUCGUCUGCGGUGUGCGGAGUUCCUGGAGUCACACGGCGCGUCAGUCCGUGACCACUCAGCCUUCCACUUCCUGUGGGUUGUGGACUUCCCCCUCUUCUUGCCCAAAGAAGAGGAGCCGGAGCAGCUGGAGUCAGCCCACCAUCCAUUCACUGCCCCAUUGCCAGAGGACACACAGCUACUCUACACAGAGCCACACAAGGUUCGUGGUCAACACUAUGACCUGGUGCUGAACGGCUGUGAGAUUGGAGGAGGCUCAAUCCGCAUCCACAAGGCCACGGAGCAGCUUCACGUCCUGAAGGGUGUCCUCAAGGAGGACCCCAGUCUUCUCUCUCACCUGCUGGAGGCUCUGGACUCUGGAGCACCACCACAUGGAGGCAUUGCUCUUGGUUUGGACCGGCUGGUCUCCAUCAUGGUCGGCGCUCACAGCAUCCGUGACGUCAUCGCCUUCCCCAAGUCGUUCCGGGGUCACGACCUCAUGAGCUCUGCCCCUGACUUUGUGUCUGAGGAGGAGCUGAAGUCCUACCACAUCUCUGUCAAAUGGCCAGCAGAGCCGGGAGCAGGAGAAGAGGGGAAGUGAGGAGGUAAAGAAGGAUGAGAUAAGGAGACGUCAGAGGAAGGGGUGAUACCUUGUCAGGUCUUUGUAACCCGCACAGCAGAGGAUGGAGAGGACAAGGAGACGGAGAUGAGCAGACAACCAACUGUGAAGACCUCUGCCAGCCGGCCGGCAGAUGUUAGGAUUAGGAGGGGAAAUGAGGAGGAGGUGAUGCUGUGGCUGCAUCUCAGUACUGUGACUCUCAAAUGGAGGAGAAAAAGGGAUCAGCACACAUUAAGGAAAUCUGAAACAUUAACAGGGUGAACAAAGAAGAUCAUUGUCAAGUCUCACUGACCGCUAACGACACUCAAGGGCAGACUGAUAUGUUGGUUUAUAGAUACUGAACGUUUUAUAUAAAUAAAUUCCUCAAUUCAAAGACUUAUAGCUGUACUUACUCAAAAGAGUUGAUUAUUUUGUAUGGGUUUGUGUCGCUUGAUGGUCCAAAGAUUUAGUUUUAGUCCGAGUUACACCGUGAUAAGAAUAAAUAUCUGGAUAAAUAUGUUACUGUAGUAUCCACAGCCCUUGUUGUGUGAAAAAAAAAAAGGAAAAGUUAAAAUUUUCAGCUGAAGAUUAUCUGAGGCUUCAGUAGUCUAAAUUGUGGGUGUCUUCCAAAGUUGGUCUUUUUAUCGCUAAAUUCCCUCUUUGUUUCGCAGAUUGUGUUUCCUUGCCGAGUUAUGUCAAGGGAUGGUAACACAAAGAGGGAGUAUUACUCUAAAAACAUCAUGACUUCUGAAGUUACUCAUUUGUAACUAGCACCAUCACUGAAACUGGAAAGGAAACUCUUUGUGGCUAUUGAGAACAAGAGGAACAAUUAACAUUACCAACAUAUUUGCUUAUGAUUAUUGCUCUGAGACAGGCUUGGAAAAUGUGGAGAUGUCCUUAAAUAUCAUACGUUGAUAUCAUAUAAAGUUGGAGGGGGUAUAGAGAAAUGAAUGUCAGCUCAAUUUAAAAACUGCAGAUACAAAACGUCACAUUAAACUAAGACUAUUCAAAACAUGGUUUGAAUAUUCCUGAUUGAUAAGGAAAAAUACACAUGGACAAGAAUGUUUACUUCACGUGUAGAUACAUGUACUCUACUUCACUUGAA